AUGGACACCGACCAAGCCCUCAUCCCGUACGAGGCUAGCCAGGUGCUAGUCGGCACAAACCAGUUCCUCGAGCGCCGUGCCACCCACGAGGACAGCCAGGGCCGCAUCUACGUCCGAGUCCGUCUCUCCCACCUCGCCAACGAGGCCCUACGCCUCAGCUGUCACACCGCCGUGCAGCGAGAGGUGUGGUCCUUUCCGACGUACGAAUUCUGGAUCCGUGUGAUCAACAACAAGAUCGUCAUCUCGGCGAACCAGGCAAGUCGCCCGUGGUGUAGUGGUUUGUACGAAGCUGACCAUAUCUAG